AUGCUUCACAUGCCGCAUGUUGAACAUCCACAGGAAGAUAUGUACGAGCUGCACGAAUUACGUAUACUGCUACAAAGAUGGUUUUCGCGGAUAUCGGAAGAGUCGGCGCUCCGUAUGCACCGCGAGACGAUGCGAUUCAUCGAGGCAGACUACAGCUACGAGCCGCUACCGCCGGACGAACUAGCCCCAUCGGGUCUCGUUAAGCAGUACAGAAAAAUGGAUUCACAGAUUAAGUCACUCCAACACGUAUUGGAUGGCUCGCUGUUCUCACAGGACGAAGAUGCGUCCACGCGAACACGCCGUUCGUGGCUUUUUCGACGUCCUGCAAUUCCAGCGCAUCGGGAAUCCCCUGCAGCACUUGUUCCAACUAUGCUCGCCGGCCCCUCUUCGAUGACUGUGCUCGAUCCAGACAAACGUCUUUCGAUGGCUCGUGGCGAGGUGACGCGGCUCGAAAAGCAGCUGGGCGACGUUGUAUCGGCGUGCACGAGCGUAGCCAAAGCCCGGCAGGACGUUGAUCGAGCUAUGGAGCAUGUGGCGCGCAAGCUGCCUGCGUUGGCCAUGCUUGAAGAGACGCGCCCCGCUUCGAUGCAGGGUCGUCUCCCGCACACACUAAAGAGCGCACACUCCAUGAUGAAUCAUGUGGCCCAACUAUCAGAUCAAAUGAUGCGUGCUGACCAAGUGACACUUGGCGAUGCACUGGAGUAUGAGGAGCUCAAUUUGCGCAUCGCUCGCCAGACACUGCAAGAGCGCAUGGCCAUCGUUGUUGAGCGCACUCUCGCAAAGCGAGUCGUUUCUAACAAGCAACACGAUGCUGAGCAUUACAAGUUCGCGCGCCAUCAGCGGCCAGACCGGCUUGAAUCUGCCAAAGAAGAAGUACAAGAAGCUCAGCAGCACAUGGAACUUCUUGAGCGGUACCUUUCUCAAGUCAGCGAGUCACUGAACGAGAGUCUGCAGCGACACAGCAUUCACACGCAUCAUGAUCUACAAUGCACGAUGCAGCUGCAUGCGCGCACGAGUCGUUCGUUAGAGAAGCGCAUCGCCGACAUGCUCGCACUCUUUGACUCCGAAUGCAGUGCAACAGCAGCGGAAGCACAACGUAUUGCAUUGCAAGCUGCCAAUGCGCCACGCAAAAUCACAGCUGCUCAAGCUGCGGCCGCGCGUAUAACAGGCCAUGCCAUUGAUGAACCGGCAGAUACUGACCGUCGCACUGCCAUUGUGACACCUGUAGAAGAAGGGCCUCCAGUUGGAUCCAUGGCUUCUUCUUUCGAGAAUUCUGCUACCACGACAGAAUCCACCAUGGCAGCUGGUGCUACGGACCAACCGAGAACAGAUGACAUGGUUGCUCCAGACUUAGCUGGCACUCCCAAUGUGUGGAUUUCUUCGUCACCUUCCUUAGAAGAUCGACUUACAUGUAUUCGAGAGCCAGAGCCGGAUUCAGAGCCAGAGACAAAGCCAGAGCCAGAACCAACAGUUGCACCAGACUCCUUCUUCCCUUCCAUGUUGUCUCGGCGUGGCCGUGAGAAUGGGCCGUGGACUCGACUUUCUGCAUCAGAAGCAGCCAAGUCCCUGGGCGGUGCGUGGUAA